AUGAGCAGUAUCUGCCAGAGUCCAAUCAACAUCGUCACCCCGCCAUACAGUCGACAAGACCUCGAAGUCAUUCUCCGCCGGUGUCAAAAGACAAGUCGAGCUAUACAGCUCAGAUGGCACAUGAGUCCCAGUCUAGAGAGCUUGGCGAGUCUACAACUCGAUAUCAAUACCGCUCUGGCCGCUACGCAAGUGGAUCUCGCGACUGCCCUGAUAUCGGACGCUCGGCGGCAGGUCUACGCGCUUGGCCUGCAUACUGCUCAGCCCAAGGACGGUCUAUCUGUCAUCCAGCUUCAGAUCUGCCGGAGGCUCUUCUGGGAGAUCUACCAGAGCGACAAGACAAAUGUGAUGAACGCUAUAUCUGCCAUCUCGCUAAACGACCUCGAAGGUGUCCCACCCCUCCCUCUCGAGAUCGACGACGACUACAUCACCACCUCUGUCGCCACUCCCCAGCCUGACGGUCAAGUCUCAUACAUGACCGGCUUUGUCGUCAUUUCUCGUAUCUUUCAAAUCCUGGGCCAAUGUCAAAUUCGCCAAAAGACGUUUGCGAAUAACCGGGACGCGGGACCACCGAGGGAGAAGCUGCUUAUGUGGGUGGAAGAGCAGCGGAUCGGGAUGAGGAGGCUGCUGGGUGAACUGCCGGGCAAGCUGAGGGCGGAGUGGCGCGAGGCUGGCGGAUUCGAGCGGGCGGAAGAGAGCAGUCUGGGAAUACAGAGGGCGAACAUCCAUAUCACUGCUCUUUGCGUUGAGUUGGCACUGCUCGACUUCCGAGUCCACCUUGAUGCAGACGCAGACACUCGUACCGAACGCGAAUCGCUCGCUCGAAAGGCAUACGCCACCCUGUCCAACGUCCCGAUCGAAUACCUCGCGAGUAACGGCGAGAGCAUGCGCGGCAAGGUACUGCGUAUCGUGCUGGAUCUGCUGAGUAUGACAAAGGACGGGGCCGAGGGGGGCGAGGGUCAGGCGUUUGGGAAGGAUGUGUGGGACUGGUGGAAUAUGGUACGUCGUGCCCUCUGUGUCCCGCGAGUGCCUCCAAGAGAUACGAGUGCCGUUGCGGCGGGAACCUACAUGUGUAUAUCUUCGGUAUCUGUCAGUGUCGAAUGUAUACAUAUCUACGUCCAGGCAUGA